AUUUCAUCAACUGGCCUUCCUUCCCUUUAGAACUCAGCAACCAACGACAGCCGUUGGUGUGCUGAAAGGGUGUGUGAUACCCAGACUGCUUCAUCUACAUACGGCCUGCAGCGUUCCAUCUUUCUCCGUCAUAAUAUUUCUCUUCCCUCGUCUUAGGCGUCGACUUUGUACUGUACCCAUUCCUUCUCAGCCCCCCUUGUUCAAAGGAGUGAAGUAGUCAAGUCAAUCUCAAGACAUCCAUUCAUCCAAUCGCUCGGUAGCACCCGCGUUCGCAACCAAAGAUUCUACCUGCCUUUCGACUAUAUAGGCUUGCGGUACAGAGUUACUCAGCGGCAGCCGACUGCGUCAUGGCGGCAGCGGCCAUAUCCCAGGCCGACCGCAUUCGUGAACGGCGAGAGCAGCACCAUGAGGCCGAGGUAGUCGUGGUCGGCGCUGGUGUCUUUGGGUGUGCCAUUGCCUUUGCACUCGCGAAUCAGGGGCGCAGCGUUAUCCUGCUUGAGCGAUGGAUGCACGAGCCGGACCGUAUAGUUGGAGAGCUACUGCAGCCGGGUGGUGUUGAGGCGUUGAAGAAGCUGGGGUUAGAGGGCUGUCUCGAAGGCAUCGACGCGGUGCCAUGUCAUGGCUAUCAUGUAGUAUACAGGGGAGACGAUGUCGCGAUUCCUUACCCAGUGGUCAGCCCUGAAGGAAAGGUGGUUGUUGGGAAUCGGACAACAGCGAAUGGGCACGCCAAUGGGGAUGCAAAUGGACUGAAGAAAGCUGCUCGGCCGGAAGGCAGGAGUUUUCACCACGGCCGCUUCAUAAUGAAGCUGCGAGAGGCCUGCAGAGCGCACCCAAACAUCUCCAUGUUCGAGACCGAAGCGACGGCGACGAUCAAAGGCGAGCACAGUGACGCUGUCUUGGGAGUAGAAACCCGGACCAAGAAUCCCGAGACGGGCAAGAAAGAACCCGAUUGCUUCUUCGGCCAACUGACCAUCAUCGCCGAUGGCUAUGCAUCCAUUUUCCGCAAGUCCCUGCUCAACAAAGCGCCCCUCGUCCGCAGCAAAUUCUACGCCCUCGAACUCAUUGACUGCCCCUUCCCGCCCGCCAACUACGGCCAUGUUGUCAUCGGCCCCUCGUCCCUCUGCCUCCUGUACCAAAUCGGCACGCACGAAACACGCGCCCUAAUCGACGUCCCAGAGAAGCACCCCGACGCGACUCCGGCCAACGGCGGGGUGCGCGGCUACAUCGAAAAGGUCGUCCUCCCUUCCCUACCCUCGCAGGUGCAGCCAUCGGUGCGGACGGCGCUCUCGGACGGGAAGAUCCCACGGAGCAUGCCGAACAGCUGGCUGCCGCCGACCAAGCAGACGACGCACGCGGGCGUGGUGGUGCUGGGCGACGCGCACAACAUGCGGCACCCCCUGACGGGCGGCGGCAUGACGGUGGCCUUCAACGACGCGGUGCUGCUGGCGUCGCUGCUGCACCCGACCUACGUGCCUGACCUGGCGGACCACGCCGCCGUGCGCCGCGCCAUGGCCGCGUUCCACUGGCGCCGCAAGAGCCUCACUAGCAUCAUCAACGUGCUCGCCCAGGCCCUGUAUGACCUCUUCGCCGCCGACGACUGGCAGCUCCGCGCCCUCCAGCGGGGCUGCUUUAGGUAUUUCCAGAUGGGCAAGACGGAUGAGCCCGUCGCGCUCAUGGGUGGGAUCAUGCACCGCCCGCUGGUGCUGGCGUCGCACUUUUUUACCGUGGCGUUUGUGGCCAUUUGGAUGAACAUUGUGGAAGUGUGUGGCGGAUCGGUGCUGGGCAUUUUGAAGCUGCCCUUGGCGUUGGUGCAGGCUGUGUUGAUCCUGUGGAAGGCGUGCGUGGUGUUUUUGCCAGUCUUCUGGACCGAACUAAUGUGAAUAGAACUGAGCGGAUUGCAAAAGGGGUGUGUUUGAGCUUUCACUGUAUGUAGUUAGAUACGAUUUAUUAUCGCCGCUAGUACUAUCUGUUAAUGAUGGAUAGAUAUAAUGGUAAUGGAACGUUGGUCAUGAUUAGGAGUCCAGGUCUGGUUGCGAGAAUUUCUGAGUUUAUAUACGCGGUUAAACAGUCCAUACAUGAACUAAGAAGAGGGAUGGGGGUAUCCGUAGCGAGAUACGUAUGGGUUUCCCAAGCAACUAGGAAUACGCAGA